AUGGCAUACAAGAUGUUCUCCAUCGGGCUGAUAGUGCUCGCUGUCACCGGUAUGAGCUUGUGUCAACAACAACAACUAAGCGCUGGUUUACCGUCACAAUACUUUCCGUCCACCAUACCGGAAGGGCCCUUCCAGGGGUUGCCAGCAGCUGUCCAACCGUCACAGACUAAAUUCGAGGACAUCGGAAAUCAACCUAAUAAACUAUCGUCUUCAAACUUGGAAGUCCCUCGACAGUCACAGCCUUACCAAGAUGCUGUACAACAACAAAAUUUAGCUCAAUCAUACGAAACACCGUUUGAAAACUUUAGAGUGCAGUACUCAAUCGAUACUACAAACUCUAACCGUGCCAACCAGGAUAAUCAACAAUAUUACGUAGCAGCCACUCAACAGUCAGCUGAACCUCAAUUUAUCACAAAGGAAUCGUACUCAGCCACCUUACCGGAAGUCAUCCCAUCUCAGCCAACCAUCCAAGCACAAGUGCAACCAGACUACAAACAACAGUUCACCACUCCAACUCAUACCCAACAAGACAUUUCUGCAGCCAACGCUGCUCAGUCUCAACAAGAGUACAGACAUGUCGACACCAUUGCUCAAGCUCAAGAAGAGUACAGACGACAGUUCGCUGCUCUUGAACAGGCUCAAAUUGAGUAUAAACAACAGUUCGCCGCACUUAGCCAGGCUCAACAAGAACUUAAACAACGGUUCUCUGUACCAGUUGAGGCUCAACAAGAAUUGAAACAUCAGUUCAGCGUGCUUGCACAGGCCCAACAAGAGUAUAAACGACAGUUUUCCGCCCUUUCACAAGCUCAAAAAGAGUACAAACAACAGUUCGCUGUUCUUAAUGAGGCCCAACAAGAACUUAAAAAACAGUUCGCCGUCCCAAUUCAAGCUCAACUAGAGUACAAACAACAGUUCGCCGACCUAGCACAAGCCCAACUGGAGUCUAGACAACAAUUUGCUGCACUUGUUCAAGCUCAAAAAGAAUUUAAACAGCAGUUCGUGGCAACAGCUCUGAUACCACAUGAAUACACACAGCGAUUCAGUGCUCCAGCUCAACAGGUAUACAAACAACAGUAUGCCGUUCCAGACCAGGGUCGACAAGACUACAGACAGCGAUUCGGCGGUCCAGCACCCAGGUAUCAAUACAAUAUCCAAAAACCAGCCACCGUUUCUGCCACCGGUCCAGUAAAUAACUCAUACGUCGCCGCCGCCCAACCGAAAUUCCAAAAGUACUACACCGUGCCCACCGCACAGGUCACCGUCACCGAACAACCACGCGUCCAACAGCCAGCAACGACCCAAUCGUCGUCAGUGGUUGUCAUAUCCACCACACAAGCCCCAUUGAAGGAAUCGGUCAUCUACAAUCCUGAAUCAACACCAACGCCCCGACAACAACGAAAAGUUGAUUACAGCAAUCUCCGAGUCAUCGCUUAGAAGUUACACAUAAUAGUGCAGUAUAUUCAGUAUUAUCAUUACCGCGAUAAUGCAACAGUAUAUAUAUUAUAUUAUUUAUU